AUGACUGUUGUGACUCCUUCUGAGAUUUGUAUUUUCUCCUAUCUGGUGAACAAGGUGAGAGUUGUUGAGGAAUAUGCAAAGACGGUAGCCUCGUCAAAGGACACUCAUGGAGGAAAUACUAGUCGGGGACGUGGCAAGUACUUUCAGCCAAGGGGUCAAAAUUUCAAGAAAGGAGGACAUGCACCUCAAGGUCAAGGAGGCUUCAAAAAGAAUACUUAUGAUCAGUACCAGCGUGGCAAAGGAAGAGGGAAUCAGAGUAAGGUUUCUCCGGAUUUAACUUGUGAUCGUUGUGGACGUUUUCAUCCAUAUGACUCUUGCAAGAUUGGUAUAUGUGGUUGCUUCAACUAUGCUUUGCCUGGUCACAUUGCGAGGGAUUGUACUCGUGGGAAGAACCUGAAUGCGGGUCAGAGUCAACAUCAAGGGCGAGUGUUUGCUGUGAACGCCAAGGACGCUGCUAAGGCGGAUCCUCAGAUGAGCGGUAACUGUUUAAUUAGUGGUAAAAUCUUGGUUGCAUUGUAUGAUACUGGAGCUUCACAUUCGUUUAUUUCGUUUGACAAAGUUGAGGAACUAGGCUUGAAAGUGUCAGAAUUAGCAUUUGAAUUGCAUGUACAUACUCCGUAUUAG